AUGGGGCCCUGGCGCCCCCUGCUGGUGCCGGUGUGCGUCGUCCUCCGCUCCGACAGGGGGCGCUGUGGCGGCGCCGCCACAGAGUCGCAGCCUUCCGCUAACGGGUCAAUCUUAGCUCAGGGGGAAGAGGAGCAAACCUCUCAAAAAUGGGUUUCGUCAAAGUGGUGAAGAACAAGGCCUACUUCAAGAGAUAUGAGGUCAAAUUCAGGAGAAGACGAGAGGGAAAAACCGAUUACUAUGCUCGCAAGCGCCUGGUUAUUCAGGACAAGAACAAGUACAACACACCCAAGUACAGGAUGAUCGUCCGGCUGUCCAACAGGGACAUCUGCUGCCAGAUUGCGUAUGCAAAGAUCGAAGGAGACUACAUUGUGUGCGCUGCUUACUCGCACGAAUUGCCCAAAUAUGGCAUUUCUGUAGGCCUCACGAACUAUGCUGCAGCUUACUGCACUGGGCUGCUGCUGGCUCGCCGGCUGCUGCACAAGUUUGGCAUGGACCAAGUGUACGAAGGCCAGGUGGAGGUGACUGGGGAGGAGUUCAACGUAGAGAGCGUUGACGGACAGCCCGGUGCCUUUACCUGCUACCUCGACGCAGGCCUGGCCAGAACCACUACAGGAAACAAGGUGUUUGGAGCCCUGAAGGGAGCCGUGGACGGAGGGCUGGCCAUUCCACACAGUCUCAAGCGGUUCCCUGGUUACGAUGCAGAGAGCAAGGAGUUCAACGCCGAGGUGCAUCGGAAGCACAUCUUGGGCAUGAACGUGGCCGAUUACAUGUCUUAUCUGAUGGACGAGGAUGAAGAUGCCUACAAGAAGCAGUUCUCUCGUUUCAUCAAGAACGGAGUCACACCAGACACGGUAGAAGAAAUGUACAAAAAAGCACACGCUGCCAUCAGAGCAAACCCCGUACACGAAAAGAAACCUAAAAAAGACAUCAGGAAGAAGAGGUGGAAUCGCGCCAAAUUAUCUCUGGCACAGAGAAAGAACCGGGUCGCCCAGAAAAAGGCCAGUUUCUUACGAGCGCAGGAACAAGAAGCAGGGGACGGUUAGGGGCCCGGCGCGGCCCCCCGCUGCAAGAACACCACACGUUACAGACAAAUAAAUUUAUUACAACGCCA